AUGGGCAAGGACGACAAGAUUCACAUUAACGUCGUCGUUAUCGGCCACGUCGAUUCCGGCAAGUCUACCACCACCGGUCACUUGAUCUACCAGUGCGGUGGUAUUGACAAGCGUACCAUCGAGAAGUUCGAGAAGGAAGCCGCCGAACUCGGCAAGGGUUCCUUCAAGUAUGCCUGGGUUCUUGACAAGCUCAAGGCCGAGCGUGAGCGUGGUAUCACCAUCGAUAUCGCCCUCUGGAAGUUCGAGACUCCCAAGUUCAUGGUCACUGUCAUUGAUGCUCCCGGUCACCGUGAUUUCAUCAAGAACAUGAUUACUGGUACUUCCCAGGCCGAUUGCGCUAUUCUCAUCAUUGCCGCCGGUACUGGUGAGUUCGAGGCUGGUAUCUCCAAGGAUGGCCAGACUCGCGAGCACGCUCUCCUCGCCUUCACCCUCGGUGUCAAGCAGCUCAUCGUUGCCAUCAACAAGAUGGACACUGCUCAGUGGGCCGAGGCUCGUUACCAGGAAAUCAUCAAGGAGACUUCUUCUUUCAUCAAGAAGGUCGGCUACAACCCCAAGACUGUUGCCUUCGUCCCCAUCUCUGGUUUCAACGGCGACAACAUGCUUACUGCCUCCUCCAACUGCCCCUGGUACAAGGGUUGGGAGAAGGAGACCAAGGCUGGCAAGUCCACUGGCAAGACCCUCCUCGAGGCCAUCGACGCCAUCGAGCCCCCCAAGCGUCCCCUCGACAAGCCCCUCCGUCUUCCCCUUCAGGAUGUCUACAAGAUCGGUGGUAUCGGAACGGUGCCCGUCGGUCGUGUCGAGACUGGUAUCAUCAAGCCCGGUAUGGUCGUCACCUUCGCCCCCGCUGGUGUCACCACUGAAGUCAAGUCCGUCGAGAUGCACCACGAGCAGCUGCCCGAGGGUGUUCCCGGUGACAACGUCGGCUUCAACGUGAAGAACGUUUCCGUCAAGGAAAUCCGCCGUGGUAACGUUGCUGGUGACUCCAAGAACGACCCCCCCAAGGCCUCCGCUUCCUUCAACGCCCAGGUUAUUGUCAUCAACCACCCUGGCCAGAUUGGUAACGGUUACGCCCCCGUUCUCGAUUGCCACACUGCCCACAUUGCUUGCAAGUUCUCCGAGCUCCUCGAGAAGAUCGACCGCCGUACUGGUAAGUCGGUUGAGAACAACCCCAAGUUCAUCAAGUCUGGUGACUCCGCCAUCGUCAAGAUGAUUCCCUCCAAGCCCAUGUGCGUUGAGGCUUUCACCGACUACCCUCCCCUGGGCCGUUUCGCCGUCCGUGACAUGCGUCAGACCGUCGCUGUCGGUGUCAUCAAGUCCGUCGAGAAGACCGAUGGUGCCGCCAAGGUCACCAAGUCUGCUGCCAAGGCCGGUGCCAAGAAAUAA